AUGAAUGAAAAAUUUAUAUUUUACAUAUUGAUUGUACUGACAGUCAUAACUAAUUCAAAAUAUACGGUUGCAGGUUCUAUAAUUACUAAAGUAUUUGAUAUCGAAGAUACGAUUGAUUAUUGGACACCUGAAAGAAUGAGAGAUGCAAUACCCUUAACAAAUAAUGAAUCUGAUAAUAAUAAACCCAAUUUUCGUACUAAAAGAAAUCGGUUAUUAGUGAAGAAAGCGAACUUUAAUCCUUAUGUUCCUUAUGGAAAAUUAUUUUUUCAUAACACCGGCGAUGGUAAAAAUUAUGCUUGUACUGCUAGUGUAAUUAGGACUGACAAUGGAAAUAUCGGGCUUACUGCCGCACAUUGUAUUUAUAAUCAAAAUAAUAAUUGGUCUUCAAAUAUGGUUUUUUGCCCCGGGUUUCAAAAUGGUGAAUGUCCAGUUGCUAUCCCCGUUAAAGGAGGUUCUGUAGAAGUAGUAAAUAAUAAAUAUUAUUAUGAUUACGGCAUGAUUAAAUUCAAUUACGAUCAGGGUAAAUUGCAAGACAGAACAGGAUGUUUUGACUGGGAUACUAAUCCGGGAGAUACAGUUAAUAAUAUCACUGCAAUAGGUUAUCCAGUAAAUGGUGAAAUUGAAAAUUGUAAAAAAGAUGGAAGUUCCCUUUGCCAAUGGAGUGGGAGUUCGUUUAGAUCAGGUAGUUUUAGAUACGUACCUAUAAAUACCGGAAGUGGUUCAAGCGGAGGCCCUUGGAUUAGAAACUAUGACAAUAAAACUCAAACAGGCUGGGUAAUUGGUAAUACAAGCGCUUCAUCAAAAGGGUUAUCUAAUUCACCCAUAUAUGCUCACGACGAAUUCACGAAACUAAUAAAUGAGGCUGUAAAACUUUAA